GGACGUUCUUGUGGAACAGCAAAAAAUCAGCUAGCAUACACACGUAGUAGACCAGGUUAAAUACUCAUGUCCGCUCAGCCCGAGUACUUCCGCACCCAUGCUGUGGAUGCCACCAUUCAACAUGAGAAGGCCUACCAGCGCCAGACGGCCGUGAAUGAGAACAUUCACCGCCCUAACAAGAAGCACGUGAACGAGUCCGGCCACAUCCGCUACUCCAAGAAGAUCGGUCUCGGCUUCAAGACCCCCAAGCUGGCCAAGAACGGCAAGUACAUCGACCGCAAGUGCCCCUUCACCGGAAACGUGGUGAUCCGCGGCCGCAUUCUCCGCGGCGUGGUCCACUCCACGAAGAUGAAGCGCACCAUCAUCAUCCGCCGCAACUACCUGCACUUCAUCAAGAAGUACCAGCGUUACCAGAAGCGCCACAAGUCCCUCGCGGUGCACUGCAGCCCCGCCUUCGAUCCGAAGCCCGGGGAUGAGGUCAUCGUCGGCCACUGCCGCCCGCUUAGCAAGACCGUUCGCUAUAACGUUCUCGAGGUGGUCAGCAAGACGGCCGCGGAUAAGCUUGGCAAGAAGUUCGCCAAGAACUGAGGAACCUGUGAAAGGUGGUAUGAAGUCAGGAUGCACAGAUAGUCCCUAAAUUCAAUUUUUCAUUUCUUACUAAAAAAAAAGAAUACUGAGGAGACAGAAACCUACAGGGUGAGAUAAA